CUAUACACAUUUAAAAGGAAAUGUUUUGUACUGCCUGUUCAUAUCGACGAAGUUUUAUAGAGACUAAAGGCGGCUUACAGAACGUUUUUGCUCAAAAAAUUUUUUGCGGUUGGGACUUUAAUAUAGCAACAAAAAAGGCUGCAGAAUUAAAAUCUUCCGCUAUUUAUUACGAACUAAAGGAAUUGUUAAGCGAAAUUAAAGAGGAAAAAGAUAAGAAAUCGAUAUGUGAAACAGUUAGGAAUUCGACAACAAAACUGUUGAUUAAUGUUAGUACAGUGUUGUUAUUAAUGGGAACUGGUUACAUAGUGUGGGUGUUACUAGAUAAGAGCAAAAAUUAUUUGGAUGAUGAAAGUCAAAAGACCAAUAUGGCUUUGGUAACUGCAGUAAUUAUAAACGUUUGUAUGCUCUUAAUACCUGUUUUAUUUGGAUAUUUGAGAAAGUAUGAGAAGUAUUCUAAUCAAAGCGUAGCAUUUAAUAUUACACUUGUUCGAACUUAUAUGCUCGAAUUGACUAUUAUUGGAGUGCUAUUGACUUUCUGGCUAACACGUUCAAAUAACGAUAGUUGUUGGGAAACAUCUUUGGGUCAGGAGAUUUAUAGACUUAUUGUGUUCGAUUUUGUCAUUUCAGUAAUUCUAUCUUCUUUUUUAGAAAUAUUGAGAUAUCUUUUUAAAAAGGAUUGUAUGGGACAAGACGGUUUAUCAGAGUUUGACAUAGCUCGUUAUUCUUUUCAAUUAAUCUACACACAAACACUCUUCUGGAUAGGUUUCUUUUUCUCCCCUGUUCUUCCUGUCGUACUUUCUAUAAAACUUUUGUUCACAUGGUACAUUAGGACCUUUUGUACCUUGCAUUUGUGCAAGUCAUAUGCCAGAUCUUGGAGGGCAGCUCAAACCAACACUGUGUUCUAUAUUCUCACCUUUCUUACCCUUUUCUUUUCCAUUAUUUUCUUCGGAUACAUCAUAAUUAGAGUUCCCAUAUCGAGUUGUGGUCCCUUCAUGGGGAACUCUUAUAUGUAUGAAAUAAUUAUCGACGUAUUACAUUUAGAAAGGGGCACUGUGUUUUGGGAGAUUGUGAUAUUUUUUACUCGACCGGGGGUGGUUGCAUUUAUUUUUAUUAUGCUUUGUAUUGGGGCGUAUUUCUUAAGAGCCAAGGGAAAAGCUCAAUACAAAAUGGUGAAAAUAUUAAGAAAAAUGCUAGUUGCUUCGGCCAAAGAUAGGGAAUUUUUGCUUAAUUACAUUGCCAAUGUGACCGCUUCUCAAUUUCAACAUGAAAAGUUUUCAUCUUUCGACAUGGACAGUGUAUCAGCUGAGUACAUGAAUUCGAGAGGAUUUGAUGAGGAACACUUCGCAGAUUCAGAUUCUAUCGACGACAACUAUAUUACUAAUAAGAAGCGAUAUUAACUUCUUGCUCUAAAUUUUAUGCAAUGUUAGAUAUUUUAUAUUUAUUAAUUAUUUACGUAUAUUAUUUAGACUUGCAAGUGUGAUAAAUAUGAUAUUUAUUUUUCAAUUAAAAAGUAAACGUUUACUUUUUUACUUCAA